GAGACCGAUAUGACUUUGGCAGCAAAUGAAAUCUUACUUCUAAAGCAAAAGAAAAAGCUUACAAUGCAAACAAGUGUUACAAAUGCCAACGAAGCACAGAAGUACUUUUCAUUUCCGAUAAAGAGUGCUAUACCGAGUAUCAACAUUACCACCAAAAAGAAGAAACUGGUUUUAAUCAUAUUUACAGGAUGGAUCUUGAAUAUUCUCUUCCAAAUCAAGAAAAAUAUUAAAAUCAAUGGAACUACAAUUAAAAUGGCAAGGAAACCUUGGAAAACAUAGCUAACUAUACCCUCUCUAAUUAUAGGAUCAUUAAUCAAAGAGCUUACAAACAACAGUACAAACAGUGCCAUUUGGACAAAAAAUAAAACUGAAAACAUGGUAUCCUUAUGUUUUGGUUUGUCUGGGAAUCUGCCGCCAAAUCCCCCGCCAUCGUUCAAAGACAUUCUCUCUUCUCUUUUAUCAACUACUACGCCAUUUACAAUUAUUCUAGUUGGUUUUUUUUUAAAUAAAGAUUUAAAAAAAUUUGAGCUUUUAUUUACUAUACCAUCAUUAUUAUCACUAGUAUUGUUGUUAUUAUUAUUAUUAUUAUUACUAUUUAUAUCGAUUUCGGAAUAUCCUUUAUCAUUUUCAUUAUUUAUUGUGUAGAUACUAUUAUUGUUAUUAUUAUUAAUAUUAUUAUUAUUACAGUCUUCAGAGGCUUCAUUUAAUCUUUCAUAUGGCUUUUUAUCUUCUAUACCCAUUUUUUUUAAUAUUCUAUUUAUUAUAAAAUAAAAUUAAUAAAAUUGAUAUUAAAAAAAGAUAAAAAUAAUAAAU